AUGAUUGGAAUAUGAGCUUUUUACACACACAAACCCAAACAUGCACUCAUAGAAUAGAAUCUCUUAAAUCAAAUGAUGUAUUAUACCUGUGACUCUGUCUCUCUCUAUCUUUAUCUGUCACUCUCAUUCUCUUUCAAUCUCUCCAUUUUUCUCUUGGACUCUUGCUUCUUACCUCACCUUUCCUUCGAUUCCCUCUCUCCUUUUUCACCUUCUGCACUUCAAAACAAACUUACAAUCCUUCCUUUCCUUUUCACAUUACCCCACUUCACACGUCCUCCUUGCAAAAACCAACAAAAUCUCUCUCUAGGGUUUUAUCACUUUUUUCAUUUCACCCCUUUUUUGUUUUUGUGGCUCUUUUCAACUCAUUCUCUAUUUUUGUUCACUACCCUUUUCUUUUUAUCAUUUUGUAAUCACAAUUCCAAUCUCAAAAUCCUAUCUUUGCUGAUUUUGUUUCUAGGGUUUGUUUGUUCAUUCAUGUUCUUCAAAAUCUGAUUUUGAAGUACAAUGCUGUUUUUUAGAAGCUUUUAAGCUUAUGAAUUUAGCCCAGAAUUGCAUUUUUUGAGAUUCAGUUUGUGUUUUUUUAGAAGUUUAGGUUCUAUUUCACACAUGGGUUGUGUUCAUGGAAAGUGUUGUAGUCGUUACCCUGCACCAUCAAUUGGUGGUUCUAGGGAUUAUAGAGAGCUUGGUCCGCAAAGGAAGCAUGUUCUCACACAGAGAUCACUUCAUUUUGUUGAUGUUCCUUCUCACAACUUCACUGUGGAGUAUUCUGUUUUUACACAGAGAGGUUACUACCCUGACUCACCUGAUAAAGAGAAUCAAGAUUGUUAUUGUGUAAAGAGUCAAUUGCAAGGUAACCCUAAUGUUCAUUUCUUUGGUGUUUUUGAUGGACAUGGUGAAUUUGGGGGACAGUGUUCUAAUUUUGUUAAGAAUAGGUUGGUAGAAAAACUGUCGAAUGAUUCUGCGUUGUUAGAGGAUCCUGUUAAGGCUUAUAAUUCAGCUUUUUUGGAUACUAAUGAUGAAUUGCAUAAGAAUGAGAUUGAUGAUUGUAUGAGUGGUACUACCGCGAUUACGGUUCUGGUUAUAGGGGAUAUGCUUUAUGUUGCGAAUGUUGGUGAUUCGAGGGCGGUGUUGGCUGUUAAAGAUGGGAAUAGAAUUGUUGCUGAGGAUUUGUCUUCUGAUCAGACACCGUUUCGGAGAGAUGAAUAUGAGAGAGUGAAGCUUUGCGGUGCUAGGGUCUUGAGUGUUGAUCAGGUGGAAGGGCAUAAGGAUCCGGAUAUUCAAAGUUGGGGCGAUGAAGAGAGUCAGGGCGACGAUCCUCCGCGAUUGUGGGUUCAGAAUGGGAUGAUUCCGGGAGCUGCUUUUACAAGGAGUGUAGGGGAUAGUUUGGGUGAGACUAUCGGGGUUAUUGCGGUUCCGGAGGUGUUAACGGUUCAGCUUACGCCGAAUCAUGUUUUCUUUGUUGUUGCAAGUGAUGGUGUAUUUGAGUUCCUAUCAAGCCAAACUGUUGUUGAUAUGGCCGCAAGUUAUUCAGAUCCCCGUGAUGCGUGUGCUGCCAUUGCUGGAGAGUCUUAUAAAUUAUGGUUGGAACAUGAAGGUCGAACAGACGAUAUAACAAUUAUCAUUGUUCAGAUCAAAGGCCUGUCUAACUCAGGUACAUCUGAAUACGGAUCAGGAGAGAUCAAUUUCAGCACUGUAACAAAAGUCAAGAAGGGAAAGGGAACUUCUGGUGUAUCUGCUACCAACGGUCUAGAUGUUCACCGUGCCAUGAGGACUGGUUUACCCGAUUCACUGUCCUGUCAGCACGUGGUCUCGUCGAGAAGCCAAGCCAUAGUGGUUCCCUCUCCCACAUGUCAAAGUCCAGUUGAAUUGUGAUCGAAAAGAAGCGCUUUUAGGUGGUACAUAUCUAAGUUCUAUCUUUUUUGAGCCUUCUGCAGUACCAAUAUAUCAUUCAUUAAGUCGAAAUGCCGCCGAAGGUAGAAGAGGUGCAUUAUCUUAUCAGCUGAAGGAGUUCUUCUCUUGGACUUUUAGAAAGCAUACUUCCUAUUUUUAAUGUUUUGCUAAUUCUAAGAUAACAUGUCAUUUAACUACAUAGAAGCACUUGAGAAUACACCUAGUUUGAAAGUGGAUGUAUAAAGAAGUUGAAAUAAAAGGAGAGUCUAAACUUGACUACCACUUACAUUGAAUUAUAUUGGUGAAUGUAUUUGAUUAUAAGAAUGCUCGCAAAUGAAGGUUGACUAAGUUACUGGUAA